UUGCAUGCUGAACUCUCAACAAUCAAAUUGAAAGUACUGCGAGUACAAUGGGUGGAAAGCAAUCUCGCAGUUUCUCCAAAAAGGACUUGAAUGAGCUGAGCACGAGUCAAAGCCGGAAGAGCGCCGGGAAGGAUGACUUGCUGAGCCUGUCAUCGGCUGCCGAGAGGAUCCGCAGACACACGACGGUCCACUUUGGAUAUAGCACCCUCAGUUUGGCUAUGCGGGGGCUGAAUGGUACCCCCGCUGAGCUCUGGGAGCUCAGGGAACUCCAGAAGCUAAACUUGUCAAUGAACUCUUUGUGCUCUUUGCCCCCUGCCCUGGGAACUCUGGACAACCUGGUGGUCCUCAACUUGUGGGGAAACAACCUGUCUAACCUACCGCCUGAGAUCGGCCUCCUUAAGAAGCUGCGGGUUCUCUUUGCAUGCCGGAACCGCCUGAGCGAGGUACCGGAGGAGCUUGGAUCUUGUGUCCGCUUGGAGGUGCUCAGCCUGGCCAAUAAUCAAAUCACAGGCCUCCCUAGCAGUUUAGGAUCCAUGCACAAUUUGACCAAACUCAACCUCAGCCACAACCGGAUCGUCCACAUCCCAACAUGCGUCUACAGCAUGAAGGGCUUGGUCUUUCUUCAUCUUGCUUGCAAUCGGUUGGAAACCAUUGCGGACCAAAUCCAGGACUUGGUAAACUUAAAGAUCCUGAUUGUGGAGGGCAACAGCAUCCACACGUUGCCUAAAACGCUUUGCUUUCUGGAGUCUUUAGAGCUCCUCAAUGUUGACUUCAAUGACCUGCAAAACGUGCCGAUGGAAAUGUACCUACUGAGCAAGCUCGGGAGGUUGGCAUGCCACCCGCUGGAUAAAGGACUACACAUAAUCCACAACCCCCUCCUCAAGCCUAUCCAGGAGGUGCUGCAAGGAGGACUCAGUGCCCUCUAUAACUACCUCAAGCCCACGUAAAGACUAGAACUCUGCAUCCAAAGUGUGUGUCACUCUGGGUUGUUGGCACAAA